GUAGCAAUGACAAAUGCAAAAGCAAGAGUUGCAAUAGACACAAAAGAAGAAGAAACAGUCAAACCAAAUAGGAAUUACAGUUGAAGAAAAAAGGAAUGGCACACUCUAUUGAGAUAACCGUGAUAGACGAUCAAAUUCCACUGCUUCUUAAAACUGCAAAAGAUGAGUUACGGAAGGAAGAAGGCAAACUAAGCUCAUGCCAAAUGCAACAGAGUCAAACAACGGAAUCAAAUGAUGAAGAUCCACCAUCGGGGUCGCAAACAACGGAAUGUGUAAAUCAAAUCUUUCAUAAAAAGUUUGAAGAUUUGGACAAGUUGUCUAUUAAAUCGUCUACCAUAUUCAAAGUAAAUGUGGGGCUACGUGAAUCAAAUCCAGCUGCUUAUGUACCAAAGAUGGUCUCUAUUGGUCCUUAUCAUAAGGGAAAUUCUCAACUGUCUUCAAUGGAAAAGUACAAACUAUUGUAUCUACGACGGUUUCUUGAACGGAAUAACCAGCUUGAUGUGAAAAGUUGCAUCAGUGAAUUGGAUAAAUGGAUGGAGAAAGCACUAAACUGUUACGGCGAUAUAGAAGGCUUUGAUACUGAUAAUGAUAGUCAUGAAUUUUGCCAAAUGUUGUUGCUUGAUGGUUGUUUUGUGGUUGAGUUUAUUCGAGAGCGUUGUCAAAUAUAUCCACAAGGAAAAAGAGAAGGAGAAGGAGAAGACAAAAUUAUCAAUUUUGUUGGUUCCAAAUAUAAUCAAAUAGUCCGAGACUUGUUGUUACUAGAAAAUCAACUUCCUUUCUUUGUCCUCAACAAGCUUCAUUACAUGACAAAGCAAGAUGAUGAAUUACCACUAGUAAUACUGGUGAUGAUUUCGUUUACCCAUUUUCUUGGUUUGGGAUGUGAAUUUACCCCUAUAUUCAUUAUAGAGACAAUAUGUAAUGAAGAAAAUAUCAAACAUAUACUUCAAGCAGUACACAUACAUUCAUGUCAUGGGAAUCCUAUAAAAGACUCAAAACAUGGCGGAAUGGAAACUAAGGUCAUGCCAAAUGCAACAGAGCUUUCCGAAGCUGGAAUAAGCUUUAUUAAAGUUGGACAUUUUGAUAGAUUGUUGGGUGGAGGAGACCUUGAGGAUGACAUAAGUUUAUUUGAUAUAAAGUUCGAGAAGGGAGUGAUGAAAAUCCCUUGUUUUGGAGUCGGAGAUGGUACGGAAAUCCUCCUACGAAAUCUCAUUGCUUACGAGCAACAAUCAUCUGAUGUAAAACCUAAAUAUUUUAGUGAUUUUGCAUUUUUCAUGGAUCAUCUUAUCGACUCAGAAAAAGAUGUGAAUUUGCUUCGCCAGAAAGAAAUCAUAAAGAAUUGGAUAGGAGAGGACAAAGAAGUGGCUAGCCUCUUCAACAAAAUCGGAAAUGGGGUCACCGUUUAUUCCGACUUUUAUUACGGAGAAGAAUUCAAAAAAGCAGUUGAACAUUGUGAUAAAACAUGGAAUAAAAUGAAGACAAAUUUGAUGCGCAAUUAUUUUAGUAGUCCUUGGGCAGGAGCUUCAACUGUGGCAGCCAUCAUACUCCUCUUACUCACAACUUUACAGACUAUUCUAGCUGUCACAGGAUCAUUACAUAAGUAGUGUGUUUACUUACAACUCCAUGCAUGUAAUUUGCUUAUGAGUUUUUUUUA